AUGGACAUGCAGAAAGUCAACUCCAUGGACUUCGGAGAGUUUGUGGACGUGUUUGGGAACGUCAUCGAGAGAUGCCCUCUGAUUGCAGCGGCCGUCUGGUCCCAGCGCCCGUUCUCUGACCUGGAAGACUUAGAAAGGCAUUUUUUUGAGUUUAUUGAUACUCUCCCACGGUCAGGUCAGGAGGGCAUCCUGCGCUGUCACCCGGACCUGGCGGGCCGCGAUCUGCAGCGGGGCACGCUCACCGCCGAGUCGCAGCGGGAGCAGAGCGGCGCGGGGCUCACGACCCUGAGCGGGGACGAACGGCGACGGCUGAGCGAGCUCAACGCGCGCUACCGGGCGCGCUUCGGAUUCUCCUUCGUGCUGGCCGUGCGUCUCAGCGACCGCGCCGCCGUGCCCGAGGAGCUGGCGCGUCGCCUGCACCAACAGCCCGAGCACGAGCUGCGCACCGCCCUGGGCGAGGUGAAGAAGAUCGGUCACCUGCGCCUGCUGGACCUGCUGGGCUCUGAGCCCGCCAGGCUGUGA